AUGGCGAUCUUCAAUGAAGAAGUCCCGAGUCUCGACUACCAUCCCCGACUAUGUGUGGCAAGAAAUGUUCCCUGCUACUUAACUCCUGCUAGGAACCUGAGGGAGAUCGCCCGGGUCAACUGCAAAAGAGAUAAAGUCAAGCUAUAUGCUCCAGGAACUCUGGGACCUAUCAUUGGUCUGGGAAGCGGCUCCUCCAGAGGCUCCAACGUCGCCAGCAGCGCCCCCAGCAGCAGCCUGGGGUCUUCCCGGGACUUGUUCUACGGGGAGCGCGGCCCCCCCACCAGCAACAGUGGUAACAGGGACUACCGCUCCGAGUACGCCGCCCUGGCGCGGGAGUACGCGGCCGUGAGCAGCGCCUCGUCCCCCAGCAGGAGGCAGCAGGAGCUCGAGCUGGGGCGUCUCAUGGCCGCUGCUGCUGCUGCAGGUGCUGCGGGCCCCCAGCAGCAGCAGCAGCACGCAGCUGCGGCUAGAGCUGCUGCGGCUGCUGCGUACUUCGGGGGGGCGGGCCUGGACGGCGGGGGGCGGCUGGCUGUGAGCAGCGCCGCGUCGUCCCUCCCCUACGGCAUCGCCCACAUCAUGGGCGACACCACCACCACCACCGCCCCCAGCAAACACGCGCCCAGCAGCAGCACGAGCAGCACCAGCAGCAGCAGCGGUCGCGAUGCUGCUGCCUCAGCACUAUUGCUGCAGCAACAGCAGCAGCAACAGCUGCUCGUUGCUGCUGCUGCAGCGUCCAACCCUGCAGCACUUGCCUUCCACCACCAGCAGCAGCAGCUGCAGCACCUGCAGCACUUGCAGCAGCUGCACCAUCUGCAGCAGCUGCAGAAGUCUGCCUCUCUUACCGGACGACACAAGGCAGAGCAAGCCACGUCAUCCUCGUCCUCAUCCACCUCGUCAAGUACUCCCACCUCGUCCUCUGUCUCCGCCCUGGGGGGCGGGGCCACCAGCUCCCACAACUCAUUAUUGGGCGGGACUAAUGCUCUUGGAGGUGGAGCUAACGUCCUUGGGGGAGGAGCUAACUCCCUCGGAGGAGGAGCCAACUCUCAAAUGGGCGGGGCUAACUCCCAUGGAGGUGGAGCGUCUAGCGGGGCAGGCGGGGCCUCAAGCGCCGCCUCCAUCCAGGCCCUCCUUGGAGGGAGCGGAGGGGCGGGGCCCCUCAGGGACCUGCACGAGUCUCUGUUGUCGGCCCGGCUGGUCCUUGAGGCCUCGGGCCUGGACUCCGAUACGGGCGGGGCCCGGGGGAACCCAGGGCGGGACGACGGGCCCCUCAACCUCAGCCUGAAGGCGGGCCUCGCCGCGGCCGCCGCCCAACGAGACAAGCGGUCGCUGGACGCCGCCCUGCGCAGCGCAGGUCUCCUGCAGUCCCUCCAGCAGCGUGACAACCGCGACGUUAUCGCCUCCAUGCAGGAGGCGCUGCAGCGGCAGCUGUACGCAGCUGAUGAGAAGAAGCGCGAGGAAAAGAAGAAGAGGGUGCGUCGAGAAAUGGAGGAAGCCCAGGAGCGGUCGAGGGCUCUAGGGCGCGGGUCGUGCAAGCCCAAGAAGAACACGGUGGCCUCCCUGCUGGAGCACUGUAGGGCUGCGGGCAUCAAGCCCACUCUGCCCCUGCCGCCCUCUCUCCAGUCCACUCUGUCGGGGGGCGCCAGUGCAGCCCUUGGGGCUCUCGCUGGGUCUCUUUCGACUAGUCCUGGGGCCCUUGGGUCCUUAUCAGGUCCCGGGACUGGCGGGGCUCUUGGGUCCUUAUCGAGUCCUGGGACCGGCGGGGCCCUUGGCUCCUUAUCAAGUCCUGGGUCUGGCAGCGCCCUUGGGACCUUAACAAGUCCUGGGGCUAGUGGUCUAGGGUCACUAUCCACUAGUGGACUAGGCGGCCUGACUAGUAUAGCGACUAGUUCAGCCGCGGCCGCCCUUGCUAGUUUAGGCAGCUCGCUGUCCCUCUGCUCUAGCGCCUCCGACACCCGACUAGGACACACCACUAGUCCCGCCCUCCCUAGUACUGCUAGUUCAUCACACCACCUAGCGGGACUAGCCUCACUAGCUGCUGGAAACUCAACUAAUCAUCCGCUACCAUCAACAAUUCAUCCACUAUCAUCGGGUCAUCCUCUAUCUUCCUUGUCUGUCCUCUCCAGCAGCAGUGACGCCGCAGCCUCUCAGGCACUGCCUGCCUCACUGCAUUCACUGCCUCAUGGCCUCACUGCCACGCCUCUUGCGCCUCACCACAAGAGUAGCAACAGUAGCAACAACAGCAGCAGGUCACAGACACCUACCACUAGUAGCAGUACCUCUAGUGGCAGUACCACUGCCAUUUCUUCGUCUCCUAGUGUACUAUCGAUAACGGCUUUGGUUGGUAGUAACCAUAACACUAAAGGCGCCACCACUACUGGACUAUCUACCACAUCAUCUACCUCUACUACUUCUACCACUACCACUUCAUCAUCUACCAGCAGUUUACUAUCGAACUUCUCCGUGGCUCCUAGUCUCAGCAUCACUAGUUUGUGUGACCUAACUACGUCUCCCUUGACUUUACCCACUUCUUUGACCCACUUGCCCACUUCUUUGACCCACUUGCCCACUUCUUUGACCCACUUGCCCACUCCUGGAGCCCACGUUCCCAGUUCUACAGCCCACGGGCCCACUCCAGGAGCCCUCAUGCCCAGUUCAGACUCGGACCCGUCCAUCGUGCCCACCGCGGCCCACCAGGAGAAAGCGGGCACCCCGAAGGAUGUCGAGGAUGUGCUGGCAGGACUCAAGCGUCAUCCGAUGGUGACAUCCACCAGCACCGACGGCCGCCUCCUCACAACCAUCCGUCUCACAACCUCAGACUCACCAUCCACCGACUCAUCCACCACCACCAUUACAUCAACCACCACCAUUACAUCCACCAAGGAUGCAUCCAUUGAUGCAUCCAACCUCGCAAUGUUAAUGUCCACGGCAGCAGCCAGCAGCAACAACAUCCACCAUAAACUGUCGUCAUCCAUCAUGGAUAACAGCGACAGUGAAGACAGUGACUUGUCAUCCAUGGAUGAUGAUGGACAGGCAGGAGCCAUCAUGCCUCAUCCGUGGAUUACGGAGAGAAAUGCUGAUAACACUAAUUCACCCCCCGCCAAGCGGCGGCGCAAGAUGGUGACGGACGAGUCUCAGCUGCGGGUGCCCCUGACGCUGGGGUGGCGGCGGGAGACGAGCAUUCGCUGCAUCAGCAACAGCGGCGUCAGGGGCGAGGUCGUCUACUACGCUCCUUGUGGCAAGACCGUGCGUCAGUACCCAGACAUCAUCAGGUACCUGGAGCGGAACAACAUCACUGAGGUGACGCGGGACCACUUCAGCUUCAGCAGCAAGCUGGUGGUGGGGGA